UCCGGCGGGCAGCCAGCUGAUCUUUCUCGGCGUCCCUUGUGCCCAAAGCGGAGCGCUGUCACCAGCGCCCCGGCGCGCCAGCCAAUGCGCCCCAGGCGCGCCAGCUGCUCCGUGGCCCGGGCGCGCGUGAUUGGUAGCCCCCAGCCUCGGCCCCGGCACACCCUCCCACUCAAGCCAAAGUCCAGCCACCGCCGGCUCAGGGGCCGCCGCCUCCUACUCUCCGCCCAGCGGGUACCCUGCGCCGGGCCCUGAUCCGGCCGCGGCCGCGCACUUCCCGCAGGCUGUGCAGAGCCGCGAGCGAGCGAGGUUCCAGUUGACCACAGUCUGCGCUGUCUUCGCGGCGGCCGGGCCAUGAAGGUCGAGUUUGCGCCGCUCAACAUCCCGCUGGCGCGGCGGCUGCAAACCGCGGCGGUGUUUCAGUGGGUCCUGUCUUUCCUGCUGCUCGCGGAGGUGUGCAUUGGAAUCCUCGUGCUCCUGAUCCUGUACAACUAUUGGUUCCUCUACAUCCCGUACCUGACAUGGCUUUACUUCGACUGGCGUACCCCAGAGGAGGGGGGCAGGAGAUCCGAGUGGGUCAGAAGCUGGACCGUUUGGAAGUACUUCAAAGACUAUUUUCCGAUCCAUCUCAUCAAAACCACAGAUUUGGAUCCAAGUCACAACUACAUAUUUGGGUUUCACCCCCAUGGAGUGCUCGUGGCCGGAGCCUUCGGAAAUUUCUGCACCAACUAUUCGGCUUUCAAGGAGCUGUUCCCCGGCUUCACUGCGUACCUGCACGUGCUCCCGAUCUGGUUCCGGUGCCCGCUCUUCCGAGAGUAUCUGAUGAGCAGCGGGCCAGUCUCCGUUUCCAAGAAAAGUUUGUGCCACGUGCUGAGCAAGGAGGGAGGUGGACACAUUUCAGUCAUUGUCCUCGGGGGCGCAGAGGAGUCGUUAGACGCUCAUCCUGGGAAAUUCACCCUGUUCAUCCGCCAGCGGAAAGGCUUUGUGAAAAUGGCUCUGACCCACGGUGCCUAUUUGGUCCCGGUGUUUUCCUUUGGUGAAAAUGAACUAUUUAAACAAGUUAGCAACCCCGAAGGCUCGCUGCUGCGAACUGUGCAGGAUAAACUACAGAAGAUCAUGGGGUUCGCGUUGCCGCUGUUCCACGCCAGAGGGAUUUUCCAGUACAACUUUGGGCUCGUGCCCUACAGGAAACCCAUUCACACCGUUGUUGGCCAUCCCAUCCCUGUCAAGCAGACCCCGCACCCGACCUCAGAGCAGAUCGAGGAGCUGCAUCAGACCUACAUGGAGGAGCUAAGGAAAUUAUUCGACGAGCACAAGGGGAAAUACGGUAUUCCGGAGCACGAGACGGUCGUUUUUCGGUAACUGUCCUCUCAGAAGGCAUUAAGGAGGAUGAGCGAGCAUCCCAUUCUGAGAAUAAACACUUUAAAUAAGUUUAUUAUUUUCCCUUGACCGUGGAAUCAAAUGUGCAACCGAAAGUAUUAUUUUAGUGGCGGAUGUUGAUGUGUACCUGUGUAAAAUAAGAAUACCAUGUGUGAUUGUAGGAUAAGGUUAGAGAUGACUAAGUCUUUUAAUCACCUUCCUUAACUUUUAGGAAGGUGAAAUCACCUUACAGGUUCAGGAAUGGUUUAGAAUUACAUCCUCAAAACAAUAUGACAGCUUCAAAAAGUAAUUAGACCCUUUUCUAAAUAUCACAAUAAUUCAAGGUGGUGUUUUCCCUAAGUGUGUUCGCUGCUGUUCAGCAGUGCUGGGACAUUCAGGAGUUGGUGUGUAAAAUAAUCUUCCAUACCGAGCCAGACUAGAUCAUUUAUUUAUUUUUCUUUCACUUGAACAGACCAUUGCAUCAGUGAAUAAUGUGACUUUUAAGGCUUAGAUCAUUUGAUACAUUAGAUCAUGUCAACCAACACAUUUUUAUAGAAAGGGGCAGGAUUUUUAUGCCGUGGUCCCAGAAGGAUGGAUCUCCCUUACGGAAACCCGUGUGGAUUCGAGCCUGGCUCCUCGUUUCUGUUCAUGCUGACAAGUACUCAUCCUUCUCACCUGCUUAGGAGGAUGUUCCCUUGCUGUGGAGAAGGAGGAAGACAUACUUUUGCACAUGUUUUAGGACACUGACACUGCAGCAGGUUUUUAUGGUAAUAGAAAUGGUUUUAAUUUUCUUCCCCAAUGUCCUCUUUGAUUAAGACAAGCUAUGAACGAGAGCGCCCCCCUCUGGUCAGAUGUGCCCAGUUCUCUGCCAACUUGGGUUAUUUGAGUCUCCCCGGAACCAGAGGUCAGGUCUGUGAGAGCAGGAACCUCGUCCCUUCUGUGCGCUGCUGUCUCUCUGCACCUGGGUCAGCUCAUGACACUUAGCAGACACGAAGCAAGUGCAUGAUUAAAUGAAUGUAUUUGCAGAGGAACACACAAACUUGGCCAUGAGGUGAAGAAUUUUUAAAGCUCUACCGUAGGAUGAAACCUAUAAUAUAAGGCGAGACCCACUUUCAGAAGGAGAUAAUUGUGUGUGUCUAAGUGUGCCACACCCGUGGUUGACAGUACUGCAGGUUGGCUUGGAAGGAGCAAAUCAGAGGGACAUUUCUAAUAAUUAGCCGCUGGGCAUUAAGUAAUUAUUUGGUAAGAAGAAUGUGUAGUUUCCAAACAAUCUCCAUUGCUAGGUGUUGCUUCUGAGCUUCCUCCACUCCGGGUAUUGGAGGGUAACUUCCCUGAGUUGCUCUCGCUUAUUGGGUAAUAUGUCUUCAGGCCUCUAAUUUUUAAAACACCGAGCUCUGGGCUGGAGCCAGGAUUGGGUUCCGCCAGAGCAGAGUGAAGGCAUGCUGGGUAGUGCCCUGCGUAGGGAUGCAUUUCACACAGGCGAAAGGGAACCCUUCUGAUUGUUCUUCGUAAGGUUUUGUGGCCAAGGUCCCGAUUUUUUUUUUUUUUUGUAGAAAGCAGGGAAUUGAGUAAACACUUGCUUUACUAGAUGGUGGAAAUUCAACUGUAAAUCCUUUUUACCCAAUACUAAAACAAACAAGCAAGCAAACAAACAAACAAACAUUUCCGUAUAUGUGGAUAAGGAACACCAUUUACAUGCAAUGACUUUCCAGCUGGUCAGAGUUCAGCCUCUCAGAGUAUAACUGUGAGGCCCAACAACCACAACCAAAGGCCUUCAAGUUAUUAUAAAGCAUAUGAAUUUCCUUCCUUUGGAGCUUAUUAAAAGGUCAUGGCACAUAGUGUUUUGCAGUUUCACAAAGGUAUGCAUUUUAACCUCAUGGUUGGGAGGGAGAGGGCCAAGCUGACCCCCCCCCCCCCCCGGCCCCCGGCCUCAGCUGCAUUGUCUAGUAAGCAGGUGCAGUCCAUGUGUAGUAAAACAGAGGCACUGAAGAAUGAGAAAAGUUCUGCUUGGAUGAAUUUAUCUAGAAUUCCUCCAUUAAAAAAAUCUAGACAUCAGCACCUUUAAUUUUGGUGUACCCCAAAUUCUCUCGUUAGGUACGAAUAUUAGGGAGUUCAUCUCUUCUUUUCUUAGGGUCUCCAGAGGUGGUAAUCCCACCAGGCCAGAAGUCCUUCCAUAAACUCAAAGCCCAGUUGUAAGUUCCAUAGAGCCCUACAAAUUGCAAAGGAAUUUUUGUUGUGAGUUUUGGCUGCAGUGCACAUGUGGGUCAUAGACUGCAUCCACGAGUGUGGUUUGAUGGAGACCUCUGUUUUAAAGGUUCUCAUCUGCUACAUGCUUGCACCUAAAAUUGAAGCAGCAAAGCCACACAGGCACAGCAGCAGCAGUCACCCCAGAACGCUGGGAGAGACACUGGGAUAGCUGCCUUGAGAAAAUGUGCACGCACGCUGUUUGGUUUGGACAGCUCUUUUUCCUGUUUCCCGUGCACACUGGCUGCAGGCUGUCAUUUCCUGUGUCUGCAGUCUGGAAGCCUUGAAGCGGUCUGUGUCUGGCUAAGCCCCUGGCCCUCACAUCGCUGGGUGCAGCCUCGGGGCUUCGGAAGGCCAGCCAGUUUUGCUCCGUCCCAUGGGGGACCAGGGUCAGGGUCACUGUAUGGUUUACACAAACCCUUCGCUGCGACUGUGAAAAUGUUCGAAGUGUACCUUCUUUAGGGAUGGUGGGCGAGCCUCUAUCGGUACGUUUCUGUCAUGGGAAGCACGGGGCGUGGAACCCAGGCAUGAUGCCCUUACCUCUGUAACCUGACACCUCUUUCUGGCUACCUCUUCCGCUUCCUGUGACAAGACACAGUGGUGAUGGGAUGUGCUAAUUGGAUCCCCCCCCACCCAACCCCAGUAAUCCAGGAUUGCUGGUUCUCCUCUAUCACCUGUAUUUUUUAUAAUAAGUGGUAAUAUGUCUAUUGAUGGUGCUGGGAGAGUUCCACCAAGUCAAAUUUAUAUAUCUUUUAAAAAAAGAAAAACAAGGCAGCUUCGGAAUAACCAACUAGCUGCUCCAGUUUCUCUCGGAAGCAGUUCUUUGUAUUAACAACAAAAGGGUUUCUCUAAUACUCGAUGUGUUGAUUUUUGAAACUGAUCCUUCCCAAACACCUUCAGCCUAGUGCCUUAAUAUCUUAAAUGAGAUGGAGAAGGUUUUCCACAGCCGACCCAUGGGAUAGCGAGUUCCCUGACAGCGGAGCCUGGCUUGUGUGCAUUUCGAUCUGGGCCCUGGAGCAAUCUCUCAAUGGAUGCUCACGGCACUGACCCGGCCACUGGGUGGAGCACGUCACUGAAGCUGUUUCAGAGCCAGAAGGGACUUCACAGUCUGUCUAGUUAUUCCUUCUGCCCAGGAAGCGGUUGAAUCCCAGUGAAGCUGAAUGCGGAUUGGAACUGACUCUGUGUUUGUAUCACUCUGCUCUGGAUUGAGCUGGGGGUGCUUCUGUGUCCCGAUCAUUGAUCAAUAAACCCAGCAGUUCCCCGAGGAAUCAAAAGUGUCCAAAAAGUAGUGUGUUUAAAAAUAUAUACCUAAAGCAAGGGACUUGACAACCCUCCAGCAAGCUCUGUCUUCCUGGGGCGGCGAACAUUUUUCUGUUUUGAGACCAGUAUACCUCAUUGUUGACUUUCCCUUUUUGCAAGAGCUAUUUUGGUGAUGCAUCCUGAGUCCAGUCCAAGUUUUCAACAGCAAGCUUAGCCACCAGCGCCUUUUGUAUUGCCCCAGCAGGAUCAGGCGAGGCACCUGCACUCAGGAUGGUGACAGACCUUGCAAAGGAUCCCUCUCAGCCGUGUUGCGGGCAUUAACACAGGACAAAGCAACCUCAUUAUUCAGACAGGUGCCUGCAGAUUCUUUCACAUCACUGAUAGCCCUGAGCUCCGAGUCUGUUCUGGCUCCCGUCUCAUCUAGGUGGGUUGCCACAGCUGUCUUUUUUAAAAUUUGUUUUUAUGGCUCUCACAUUCUGGUUAAGAAUUAUCUUCAGCUCUCUUGAGAAUUCAAAGAUGAACCUGACCUCCCUUGGAUUCCCAGGGCUGCGUAGUUCUUGCCAACUCUCCUUCCAGACCAGCCAGCAGCCCAGGACUUUCUGGCUGGAUUCUGGACCCUCCCCUGUGGGAGUGGUUUCGAGGCCACAUGCCCAGAGAACCUAGGUGCCCCAUUCUUCUCCUCUCCAGGCUUCUAUUUCAAACAAUCCUUUAGCCUCUGGUCCUCCACGAAUGGGCUGGGAGACCCGGGCUCAGUUCCUUCCUAUAGAAACCAAGGUCAGAGUGAAUGAUCAAGGUCCCUCCUGGUUCUAUUUCUAUGGUUCCUGCUGACUUUUUUUCCCUGUCAUUGUAAUGACAUCUAGUUAGAGAUGUAGAGUUACCUGGAUGUUUCCUGCAGGCAUACAGUGAGUCCAAAUGAAUACCUCGCUCUCUCUUGGUAUAUAGAAAACAUAAAUUGCUAUAGAAAUUUCUCCACCAUCAUGGUGACCUUCAGUCCUGGUAUUCCUAAGAAAUAAUUUAAUUCUCUAAAUAAAAAGGAGAAAUUGAUCUACAAGGAUUCCUCCUUUAUAGUGUUCAAAACUAUGAAAUCAUAAACUAUGAAAUCAUAGAUUAUUACUUGUUAAAAUCUGUACAGGAGAUGGUGAUUUUUUAUAUUUCCUCUAUUGUCAUGUGUUGCUGUGUGCUUUUUAAAAGCUCUCGGUUUGUAAAGUUUUGACCAAUAAAUGUGUUUUAUGCC